GGAACUGAGCCUUAUCAGAGCCUGCCGCAGGCUAGCAGCACCGCCAAGGCCCGCGCCACCUCCAAAUUCAAGCAGAUAAACCGUCUAGCCUUCCAUCAUUUGGCUUCUGCAAUUACGACAAUGUGCCCGCCCAAACAUGAGGUGUAGCUGGACAUAUAACUAGGGGGAACUGUUACGUGCUGCUAUAUUUGCUGCGCAAGAGCGCUGCAGCAGCGUCGCCUCACCCCUCCACGUCAUCUGGUUUUGCGCACGCCUGUUAUCUCGCAAUCGCAUCACUCCUUUACAGACCAUAACAACAUGAGUGACCUAGAUAGAGCCAUUGCACAGCUUCGAGCUUGUCGACCGAUCCCCGAAUCCCAGGUUCGUGAGCUCUGCUACAAGGCACGUGAGCUUCUCAUCGAGGAGGGCAAUGUCGUUUCCGUGGACGCUCCAGUCACGAUAUGUGGCGAUAUACACGGCCAGUUCCACGACUUGAUGGAACUAUUCCGAGUGGGGGGGGAUGUGCCUGAUACCAACUACCUGUUUAUGGGAGACUUCGUCGACCGUGGUUUUUAUUCCCUGGAAUCGUUUCUUUUAUUACUCUGUCUCAAAGUUCGAUACCCGGAUCGCAUUACACUGAUCCGAGGAAAUCACGAAUCGCGACAGAUCACGACUGUAUAUGGCUUUUAUGACGAAUGUAUUCGGAAAUAUGGAAGCGCAAACGUAUGGCGCUAUUGCUGUGAGGUAUUCGAUUAUCUGGCCUUGGGCGCAUUGGUGCUCGGCGCAAGCUCAGAGCUCGAACCGACGAGUCGCAGUGAAGACGUGCCAGUAGAUGGGCAACUGGAAACAGAAGUGCUGAACUCUAAGGGAGAGGUCACGUCGAUGUCCUAUCGACCCAGAUACAGGUCGUCAUCUGAUGCAUCGAAUGAUGCUAGAGAUAUUUCACCUCCCAGAGACAUUUCAGCUGCUCCAGGGGAUGCUCCAUCCAGGUCUGGACCGGCCGGCACAGGUGCGUCAGGCAACAGCUCCGGCAGCUUGGGUUCAUCUACUGGCGCCAUCUUGUGUGUCCACGGCGGUCUAUCUCCUUUAGUGGAUACAGUUGACAAGAUUCGCCUGAUCGACCGCAAACAAGAAGUCCCCCAUGAAGGUGCUAUGUGCGAUUUACUCUGGUCUGACCCCGAUGAAAUCGAAGGCUGGGGGCUCAGUCCUCGGGGAGCAGGAUUCCUAUUUGGCGGCGAUAUUGUCAAGCACUUCAACCACAAAAACGAUCUCUCUCUAAUCGCGCGAGCACAUCAACUAGUGAUGGAAGGCUAUAAAGAAAUGUUCGACGGCGGUAUAGUAACGGUGUGGUCAGCACCCAACUACUGCUACCGAUGCGGCAAUGUCGCUGCUAUUCUCGAAUUAGGCGAAGACGCGAGCAACGGCGGCACAAUUGCACGAAGCAACGGAGACAUCGGACGGAGUAAUGGCGUACUGCGUGGUGAUAAAGGUAACCAUAUUUUGGGUCCAGGUAGACGGUACAGAGUUUUUGAAGCAGCCGCGCAAGAUACUAGAGGCAUGCCGGCGAAGAAGCCGGUUGCCGAUUAUUUUCUGUGAUACCAUACAUUCAGUUUCAGCUUGUCCCGUUAUUUUUGCAUGUCAUGAUGAUCCCUUUGACGACAAUUGAAGUGCGCUUUUUACCAAUAAUCAGGCAAAUAGGAGUCCAGUUUCGCAAUAUUCUAUUCUUGUAUUCUUAUUGUUGACCUGCUUUACUGUUAUGAGAGAAUGACAUAAAACACGACCUCGUUGUAAGAUUCUCUAUACAUUAUCGCCAAAACCAUCAAUCAAUCAAUCAAUCAAUCAUACAAUUCAAACAG